AUGUCUGGCAUUACCCUUUCAUCUUUCUCCCCACCCCUCCACCUUACUCUGUCUGUUGUACUCGUCCCCCUCCGGUCCUGUGCGUCUUGCAUGCAGCGCGUGAACGGGCAGGACUGCAAAGGAUGCAUCCUUGAGCGAACACACACACACACCUGUACACGCGCGUGCAGACACAUGGCCCUCUCUUACCACGUUGUGCUCUCCUUGCUUCUUGUCUUCUCCUUCGCAGAUGUGGUGCUUCUCAGCGUCCGCACACUCGUCUCGCGGCGCUACCACAGCCUCACCCUCUGCUACGCGCUGAUGGCGGUGCAGGAGUCCAUUCUUGUCUUUGAGCUCCUCGCGGUGCUGGGUCAAGUGCUCUCGACAUACCUCGUCACGGCCUGCAUGUGGGCGGACACAGCAUCGCUGCUCGGCGCUUUUACACCGCUGUGGCUGCUACGCACCUUCCUCACAGCCUUCACCGUGAUCUACAAGGACAUUCUGCUCCCUCGUUGGUCAUCGGCAGCGGCAUCCACUGAAGUUUGGGGAUUUCUCUCUCACGCCUCUCGCGCCUGGCGCGCCGCCGGCUAUGGCGCGGUCGUCUCCCUCGACGUCGCUUGCUUCUGCUUCUACUAUCUAUCCGCCGUGUAUGUGCUGGCCUACUUGUCGGAGAAGCGCCUCUAUGUGCCGUAUCAUCGCCGGCGCUGGCGACAUUUGAAUUCGCAGCGCGCACUCACGGCUGCCGCCGCCACAGCCGUCGUGGAUGAAGAGAACCGAGAAGCAGCGCGCCGGAAGCGGUGGCGAGAGGAGCGACAAGGCGGCGCAAGGAGGGCAGAUGGCGAUGGUGGGGGUGAGGCCGUCGUCAGCUACCCGACCGUGAUGUCACUCACCCGCACCCCGUCCUUUCGGCAGUGGGAAGCGGUGCUGCAGCAACAACAGCAAGAAACGGGCAAUGGGAGACGCGUCACAGACGGCGAUUGCCUUGCACCGCCACGUGCAUGCGCGGGAGGAAGCCCGGGAGACAAGUCGUUUUCCAGUACGGCCACGGCGGUCCCUGAGAGUUCCACGCAACCGCCCUCGGCAGCGCAUCGGAGCUCACUGGAGGUGACCACCGCGGCGACGGCGAAACCGCAGCGGCCUGUGCAGCAGCAUCACGGGAAGCCGCCCGCACGGACGCCUCGUGGCGUGGCCACCGCGACCGCCACCACCAGUGUUGGCUCACUGAAGCAACCGCGGCCAGUCUCCCUCGUCACGAACUUGCCGCCCCUUCAGCUGCAGCGCCGCUUCACUAUCAGCAAUAGCCCAGAGGAAGAGAGGCACUUGCACCAGUUCGCCGCCGCGCUGGCCGAGCACGGCUACACGUCAGCGCCGUCGCAGACGGGCAAGGCCACGCCGGAGCUGCCGUCAAGCAAGUCGCAUGUAAAGAUGAGCGACGGUGUUGCUGUGAAAAGCGGAACUCCGUCUAUCACAGAGGUGCCGAUGGCGCACGAGCGAGGUGAGGCUGACAAGGAGCUGGACGCCGGCAACAUUCUCUCCUAG